GAUGAACUCUUGGAGACGCGUAGCACCCGAGCUCAAACCGCGAUUUUGCGAAACAGCAUACAGAGUCCUUGAAGAGUCCUUGAUUUGCAUGUAGCAUGAUGGGAGUGAUUGGGUGAGAAAGCAGUUGCUGUUCAUGGAGCGGCAUCCAGCUGUGGUGUGGACUUUCCUGCUGGGGGCUGGACUUGCCCUAGCAUUCUGCAUUGCAACAUCCCCGGCCUUUCCCCGGCCCCCACAACUGAUCGGCUGCGUGUUCAUACAUCUAGUAAAUGUCACCUGCCACUGGGAGCCCGGAGACACACCGACAACAAAAUACACUCUGCAGGUUCAGAGGAUGUCUAGCUAUGCAACAGCGACAUUCACCUGCACCACCCGUGACACCAGCUGCACUCUGGGACUCAAUAAUUCAACCACGAGGAUUGAGUAUUGCAUCACCAUCACAGCACACAGUGGAAGCCAGAGCUUUCCAUCGAAUCGUCGAUGUCAGCCCGGUAGGAGAGAAGUGAUGCUGCCUUCAGCCAGUUUGAACAGCGUAACAGCAGUUCAUGGUUUUCCUGAGUGUCUGAAUGUAACUUGGAGCCGCAACUCGACUGAAUUUCCUGUGUCUAACUCUGAAAUCAGGGCGGGAGAUCUGAAUUCACAAAUAGAGAUUAAAUCACAGGAGCAGCUUGAUGUUCAGAUCAGACAUGUGACAGUGAAUAGUUACACGUUCCUGGUUUGUCUCCUCAAACCUGAUACAGCAUAUGUCAUCAGGCUUCGCCACCGCUACCUUGGCCCAUCUAGUCCAUGGAGCCCAUGGAGCAAACCACAUCAGGGAAGGACAGGAGAGGAUGCUCCAUCUGCAGCACCAGUAUUCUGGAGGCAAGUGAAACAAACUAACAGCAAUGGAUGGAGACUUGUCUCUCUGCUUUGGAAGCCCUUGCCUCAUAUUCUGGCCAAUGGCAAAGUUCUCUUUUACAAUGUGACUUGCCAGACAAAAAACGCUCAGCUCUUGAGAGAUCAUGGGAACUGCAACGACUUGGACCAUUUGAGUACGUCCUGUAGCUUGCAUCUUCCUGCUGCACAUUGCUCCUGCACUUUGACUGCCUCCACCUCUGCUGGCACUUCACCAACAUCCAGGAUUUCACUCCACGGAGCCUCUGAAACAGAGCCACCAUCCCUGAGUCACGUCACCGCAAGUCCUCUGAAUGACAGUUGCUUGGAGGUUCGCUGGAGGCCUCUAACUGAUCCAUUUGUGACCAGUUAUGUGGUGGAGUGGUUUGCUGUCAGAGAGCAAAACAGCAGUAUGUUACACUGGGAAAAGCUGAAUCGUUUCAGUAAAUCUCUGGUCAUCACAGAGGGAUUAAAGCCGAUGGAGCGUUAUGCUAUUUCUGUGAGAGCUCUGUAUGGUGAACAAGGAGUGGGGAAAAACACAACACUCUACGCUUACACACGACAAGGAACACCCUCAGUUGGUCUUAACAUAAAAGUACUGCAGAUCUCAGGCAGAACAGUGGAGCUCACCUGGAGUCCUAUACCUGUGGAGCUGCUUCAUGGUUUCCUCUGCAACUACACACUGCACUAUAGAACCAGAGACCAGCCAGCAAGGAGUGUUUUUGUGCCUGCUCACGCUCACUGGUACACUCUGGAGAAUCUGUCACCUGGUAACUACGCCAUCUUCAUGCAGGCCAAUACUGAGGCUGGCGCUGGAGCAUUUGGGACUGUGGCUAAUGUGCAUAUAGGCUCUGAGGAAAUCUCGACAGUGAUGUAUGUGGUCAUUCCGCUCAUGCUGACUAUAUUGGCACUGAUGCUGAUGGCCUGCCUGGCACAGCAUAGGAUUGUGAAAGAGAAACUGUGUCAAGAUGUGCCUGACCCUUCCAACAGCAGCUUGUCCCACUGGGUUCCUAAAACUACCUUAGAGAGUAUGAAUCCUCUCGUGCUACCGGAGAAGCCUGCAGUCAGAUACUCUGAAGUCAUUGUGCUUAAUGAACUGCAGAACUCAAACCUGGAUCAGGACCACAGCUGUCAGGGCAUCUGUAAUCUGCAAACAUAUUCUAGUCUCCAGUCUACUCUUAAAGUUAGAAUAUCAGGGAAAAAAUUAACCAGAAGCUCUGCCACUGAGCUCUCCCCCUGCUCCUCAUCCUACUCCAGUGUCAUCAUAUCCAAACCUCUCCAAAAUCCUCCUGAACCCCUUUUGCAUCCCUCCUCUCACCAAUACAACUGUCAGGAUGACACAGGUGGCGUCACUGACGUUAAACUGCAGCUAGGUGGAGCCAGCGAGCCAUCUGAGUCACAUUCCAAAGAUAAACCAAAAACCUCACAUCUUUUUCUGCAGCAGCAUCAAAUCCCUGCUUCCUUCUCUGACUUAAGCAGUGUACCUCGUUCCUCUGUUUUACUUUCACACACAGAUGAAGUCAGUUCACUCAAGCUUCCCUUUUCUCAAAGCAGCUUUAAUCCUUUGCUCCAACCCAACAACUUUAGUCACCGCAGUGAUUCUACAUCAUUUUCACAGUUUCUGCCUUCUGUCUUUGUGGAUUUAUCCUAUUAUCCCGUGGAGUGUGAACCUUACCUCUCCUUGUAGGCUCUGUGUCAUGGAAGGGAAGUACAUAAUAUUUAUUCAUUUUUCAUCAUUCAUAAUUUUCAUUAUAAUUUUUUAUUUAUACAUAAAGGCGUUUUCAUCCAUAUAUCGAUUUUAUUCUGCUUAUCCAAUUCAGGGUUGGGGGAUCAGAUCAAAAGUCUGUUGUAGGACUAACACAGAGAAGUAUUCACACUCACAGCCGGUCUAAAAUCACCAAUUAGUCUAACCCCGUGAAUGUCUUUGGGAGGAAAGUGGAGUACCCAGAGAGAACAUGCAAGCUCCACACAGCAAGGCCCCAGCCAGCCAGUGAAUUUGAACCCUUAUUUCUUGGUUUGCACUGUUGCUAAUGACUGCAACACCAUGUUGCCUCCUAUUCAGACAACUCAGAAAAUAUAGCUUUGAUUUUCUCUUACUUUUUAUUUAAUACUCGUGUAAUGUACAGGUAAGAUUUAAAUUAUUAUGAGUUUAAAAAUUGGUAAGGUCGCUUGACCCCAGUUUACUUAACAUGGAGCUUUUCAUGCAACUGGGAAUUUUACAAUGAUGGGAACGUUCUCAAGCUUUGGUUAGGGAAUCUUUCCCAUCAAAAAUAAUGUGAUUGCUUGCCAAAAAUAAAUAAUAGUUUGACAUUUGGGGAAAUGCACUUAUAUGAGUUGAGAAAAUGGGUGCUUCUUUCAUGUCUGUUCAGUAAAUGUGAAGCUACAUUCUACAGUAGCAUCAAAAGUGGAAACAGAGUGUAACAGCUGGCCUGGCUCUAUGAAGAACAUCUUUUUAAUUUGACAUGAUAAAUACAAGCAGUCAAAGGGAGGAUGGAUUUUUUUUCCUAGAUAUGUAAAUACUGUCAUUUGUGAUUGAUUUGUUAUUUUUCUGUAUAUUUUUGAGCAUUAUGAAGUUUUUUGCUUAUCUUACUAAUCUUCACAUUGCGUGUUCUGGCUGUAAAUGCUGAGGAAUGUAAACACAAACUGCUGCCUGUGUUUUGUUUUUUUACAGUGGUGUUUGAGAUUGCUUUUAUAGUUUAGUAUUUUCAGUGAAGUGAGUUAAGCUUGUUGGUAUGAUAUAGUUGAAAAUGUUUUGACUGGAGUUUUUUGUGUGUUUCCAUAUGAAAAAGAAAAGAAAAAAAAAAAAAAAACAUACUCACUUGCCACUCUUUUAGGUACACCUGUCCAGCUGAAUAUGUAUACCUGAGAUCCUGAAAUCAUCUUAAACUGGUUUCUUCAACAUGAUAAUGCGUUCACUAUACUUAAAUGACCUCCACAGUCACCAGAGCUCAGUCCAAUAGAGCACCUUUGGGAUGUGGUAGAAUGGGAGCAUCAUGCUGUGCGAUGCUAUCAUGUCAAUAUGGACCGAAACAUCUGAGGACUGUUUCCAUCCCUUUGUUGAAUCUAUGCCAUGAAGAAUUAAGGCAUUUCUGAAGCACAUACAAGAUCUAACACAGUACUUGCAAGGUGUACCUAAUAAAGUGUCCAGUGGGUGUUCAUAUCUAUAUCUGUCUCUCUAGACAGGUCAUUUAGAUUUAGUUUUAUAUAUAAAAGACUUGAACUAGUUAUGAAUACUGUGAACAAAGACUAACUAGAUUUUUUGCCCAUUAACUGCAUUUUCUUUUUUUUUUUUUUAAUCCUUCAGCGUGUUUCUGUGUUUCUUGUUUUUCAUCAGUUUCUUUUGGUUUGUUACAGCUAGUCUGGACUCGUCAGCCACACAUUACCUAUUUUCUGUUAGACUUGCAGUUUGUAAUGUUGGCUCAUGUUUUAAAAAUUUACAAGAGUGAGACCUCGCAAAAUCCUGCUGCUGACUUGAGUUUACAGUCGCAGCAGAAUGAGCCAUCUUUGUAAUCGUGAAUACUUUGAGCUGAAUUUGUAUUUGGUUUACAUUAUUUGUACAUUUGAGAAUUAAAAUAUGCACUUCAGUGGAUGAACCAAAAACUAAGGAGUAAAACAUUAAAUAUCCUGUGUUGUAAUUUUGUGUUU